GGAAGUUAUCAUGUUCAGGUCUGAAUACCACACAGACAUUGGACAACAUUAGGACAAGAACAUUGACCUUCAGUGGGAUUGCGCACCAGCUUAAGGCAUUAAUCCAGUGAACCCAAAAUGUGGAUAAAUAUUUCAAGACUCUUGGCUGGGAAGGAGUCUGCCUUGCUCAAUUAGAGAGUUGGAGACACCUGGUGCGUUUGGACGCCGCAGGUUCGCUGCGCAGCUUGAGAGUUAGAAAGGGGGCGGGAAAAGGGAGAGGGUGAACAUACUCGGCCAUCUCCUGAAAGCCAUAUAUAACUGGAACAGUCCAGGCAUCGAAGAGUCACGAUUAAGGGACCUGCAUCAUCCUCUCCCUACCCCUUUCCUCGUGCUCGACACGGAGAAAACAGGACAGCCUCAGAAUUCUCAGAGAGCCAAAGAUUUCUUUUUUUUUAAACUGCCUUGAGCAGCGAGCACAAAGCCACAUUUCAAAGGAGACUGACAAAUUAUCCCCAGCUGCCAGAAGGAGAAUUCCUUCUUGGACGCCUUCUUGCCUCCCGUGAGUUGUUACCCAACCCGCUGCAAGAAUGAAACUCCUCAAGUUCCUAGGAGGGAUCGUCUUCUUCACCUUCAUGUUUUCCGGCUACUCGGAGCAAAAUCAAGUGAAUGUGCUGUGCUCAACCGAUUGGUUCAUGGUCACCGUUCACCCCUUCUUGCUGAAUAAUGAUGUGUAUGUCCACUUUUAUGAAGUGCAUUUGGGCCGGGGUUGUCCUCCCAACCACGUUCUCCCACAAUUCUACCAGUUUACCUACCGCGUUACAGAAUGUGGCAUCCGCAUCAAGGCUAUCUCUCCAGAUGUAGUUAUCUACAGCUCUGAGAUUCACUAUGCUUCCAAAGGCUCCUCAUCUAGAUAUGUGAUCCCGGUGUCAUGCGCUGCCCCUCGACGGUCCCCUUGGCUCACUAAGCCCCACUCCGUGCAAUCUCCCAGCAAUAACAUGGCUUCGGCCCCGAGGAAUGAUACGAGCUACCAAGUGUUCAGCUUGCCGGAGCCAAGCCAAGGAUCCAACUGCAGUUGUCCACCUUAUGUCUUCAAGCAAGAGAGCAUGUAAGCCCAUCAUCGAGCCGAGCCAAAGAUCCAACUGCAGUUGUCCACCUCAUGUCUUCAAGCAAGAGAGCAUCUAAGCCCAUCAUCGAGCAGAGCCAAAGAUCCAACUGCAGUUGUCCACCUCAUGUCUUCAAGCAAGAGAGCAUCUAAGCCCAUCACCAGGCAGAGUCUUUGGAGGCCCAUCUUGUGUAGUCAUCUGACUCCACUGAUAUUUCUGGGGACUAGUGUGUUCACUCAGAUGAUAUGAGGAAACCCAUGUAGUGCCCAGAUUUGGGGACUUCUGAAAACUCUGUUUCUGAAAUUAGAAUGUAGUAUUUUCUACUGUCAGUCAAAUAAGUGCCAUUAUGGCUUUCUAAGAAGAAUUUUGUGAAGGGCCAAUUCAUAUAUACCCAAUUAUACCUUUCUUUCUUUUUUUACUAUUUUUGUAUCUUUAAAAAAUAAUAAAGUUCUGAUGGCAUUAAAGAA